AUGCAAAACCUGUUUCAGGAGACAAAGAAGACAUUUGGUCAAGUGGAUAUCGUCGUUGCGAAUGCAGGGCUGAUGGAAAGCAAAGGUUUCUUCGACUUUGAAGAGGACGAGCAAGGAGAACUAAUGGAGUCGGUUGAAGCUGGCAAGAUCAUCGAUGUUAAUCUGAAAGGCACUAUGAAUACUCUCCGGAUGGCUAUGCACUCGAUGAAAUCGAACCCACUAGACUUGGACGGUGCACGAGGCUCGAUCGUACUCAUAGCCUCAACGUCCGGGUACUUCGGUGGAACUGGCGUAGUCUCAUAUGUCUCUUCCAAGCAUGGCGUAGUAGGUUUAGCGCGAGCCUCACAGACUGUUGCUCAGCAGCUCAGCAUCCGAGUCAAUGUCGUAGCACCCUUCUUCACCCCUACGCACAUUACCUCAGGUUACUCAGAGAAGUGGAAGGACUAUGGUUUGCCAGCAAAUACAACUGCAGAUGUAGCUAAUGCUAUUGUGACUACAAGUAUGCACCCUGAGAGACAGGGCCAUAGCAUGAUGGCCUCACGACGGACUGUUUGCACCAUGGCAUCUUCAAGACUAGUUGCUCGCUCGACGCGCGCCCUCUUGUCCCUCCAGCGCACCCAAUGCCGUACUUUCAGCAUCUCCACUAUCCGCCACAAUGAGUUUGAAGCUCUCAACAAGCGCACCAACGACACCUCCGAGACGUACCGCAAAUACCAAAUCGAGAGGCCGCUGAACCCUCACCUUACCAACACUACCUCUACUAUUGCCAAUGAGAUGCCUUCGAUUGGCGAAGACGCUGCCCCGCCCGAAUUGAUCACCAAUGCCGACAGCAAAUUCACACCUAAAGACUCUGUGCCUGAGAACACUACGCGCAUGACGGGCGGAACACAGGGCAGCAAGGACCAGGACGUCAGCGGGGCAAAUAGCGAACUAGGUGUUGGCGAGAUGGAAGGCGCCAAGUUCAAGGUCGAGCCUAUCCGCAGGACUGGAGAAGACCCCAACACUAUGCGUGCGAGGUUAUUAUAUCAGAGCCGCAAGAGGGGAACCCUAGAAAGUGAUCUCCUUCUCAGCACCUUCGCCGACGCCCACCUAAGCACCAUGUCUCCUUCAUUGAUGCAGCAGUACGACACUUUCCUCGACGAAAACGACUGGGAUAUUUACUACUGGGCAACUCAAGAGCCCACACCCACGUCUCACGAGACAGCCGAGGGUGGUGGCUCUGCAAUGUCUACCGCCAACGCACAGGGCAUGGAUGCGACGGCACAGACGAAGUUGCCUGAGAAGGACGAGCGUAAGAGACAACCUGGAGAGGGUGAAUGGGCGCAGACGGUCGGCACUUUCAAGCCUGCGUAUAGGCCUGUGCCUAGCAGGUGGAAGGGCAGUGAAAUUCUGAGCUUGCUCCGGAGGCAUGUCAACGAGCGUAAGGCAGGAGGUGUCAUCGAGGGCGAGGGUAAAACACAACAGGAAGGCAAGGGUCUGGGCAUGAUGCCCGACAUCAAGAACUUCGAUCAGUAA